CCAGGCCAAGCUCCUGCUCCAAGGACAGCAGCGGAGGAAAGCGGAGGCCACAGGGAACCAGGCAGCUGGCAGGAUGGGUCCGCCAGGCCUCCCGCUGGCCAUCCUGCUCGGGCUGCUGGGGGCUUCCCUGGCCUUUGAGAACAAGACGAGGUUCUGCCAACCGGCUCCGAUGUGGCAAGUGGACGGAGGCAGAGCCCCCAUGGAGGAAGCCCGGGGCAAUGUGACAGUGGUGGCCCUCCUGAAGGCCAGCUGACACUUCUGUCUCAAGCAAGCUGCCAGCAUGGGCAGCUUGCAGGAGCGCCUGGCCCGGUUGGGCGCUGCCGACGUCCGUUUUAUCAUAGUCAAUGAGAAGUCGCCUCAGUCCCUGGCCCUGCACGGGGAGCUGGAACGCCAUGCCCCGCCAGGCAUCCCUGUCUACGGCCAACCAGGGCCUGGCCCUGACAUCUGGAGCAUCCUCAGCGGGGCCAAGGAUGACUUCCUUGUCUAUGACAGGUGUGGCCGCCUGACCUUCCACAUCCGGCUGCCCUUUAGCUUCCUGCACUUCCCCUACGUGGAGUCGGCCAUUCGUUUCACCCACCGGCACGAUAGUUGUGGAAACUGUUCUUUCUACCCUGCCCAGGUGAACAGCACGGACGAGGAGAAGGUGGCGUCCACUCAGUCCCCUGGCCUAGAAGGCCAAGGGCAGGAGCCCCUGGGUGAGAAGCCCAGCAGCCACAGGCUGACUCUGUGGUCAAGCGCCCUUCGCACUGCCCACCCCCGUGAUCCUGUCCAGGGCCACAGCGAGAAGCCAUCCCUCAGCCUUCCUCCACACAGCCUAGAGCCAUCCCGCGACGAAGAGGCCACUGGAUAACCCUCGAAUGGCCGCGGUCCCCGCCAGGUCCCCACCCUCCAGGCCGGCCCCAAGAGGGCCCCCCGACCCCAUCCCCAACCUCAUCUCCUGUCCAGCCGGCUCCUGUGUCAGAGGGGAGGAACUGAGGAGUCCCCGGGGCCAUGAUGGAGCCAGGAGGCCCUCAGCCCUAUCUGUGUCCAUCCGGGUUGUGGUCCACUUGCCUGUGGUGCUGGGCCAUGCCCACUGCCCUUCCCUCCCUCAAUUAAUGAUGCCCACAGUGAAACCCAGAGAACUGGUCAUUGUGGGCUGAUGCCACACAGAGAGGAGGGAGGAGGAGGAGGCUCCAUUGUCCAUACCCAGGCAUGACUGUGAGCCCAGAUGACCCACCACCAAGCUGGCCCUCAGAGGGGGUGGGAGGCUCGAGGAAGUGACCAAUAAACUUCUCUCUCCUGA